AUGGUGGUAGGUAAACAGUUAUCCGGUGGUACUACAAAAUUAGGGGUGGAAUUUCUGUUCAUCUGGGCGAGACUAAAAGUACCUAUUACCUUGGUAGAACAACAGCUUUCGCUUGGAGACGUAAUUGUUUCGUCACAGCUAUGCGAUGCUGGUGGUACCACUCUACGAGUGAAAUACGUCUACGCUGUCUCGGUGACGCUGGAUAUCAACAAGGUAUUGGUCAGACACUUGGUGUUAGUCAAGCAACGGUAUCUCGGACUGUGGAUCAAGUUUCCAACUACCAAAUUCCCGACAGCGAUUGGUGUAAUUGAUUGUACACAUAUAGGAAUCCUGAAACCAAAUCGCCAAGGAGAUGAGUAUAUCAACCGAAAAGGGAAACCUACUUUAAAUGUGCAAGCCACUUGUGAUGCCAGAGAGAUGUUCACAAGUGUUGAUGUCAGUUGGCCUGGAUCAGUGCAUGAUUCCAGAAUAUGGAGAAAUUCACUGACUAGAUCACAACUAAUAAAUAAAGCAAAUGUUGUACGACUUGGCGAUGACGGUAAUGGUAUUGAGCCAUGCCUUAUGACUCCCUUCAGAAAUCCUACUCCAGGUGCAGAAAUAAAUUAUAAUAAGCUUUUAAAACAAGAAAGAGUUAUAAUUGAACGCUGUUUCGACCAACUGAAACGCCGGUUUCCUAUCCAACAAACGCAGCACUCCUCCGAGGGGCAGCAGCCAUCUUCUGGACCAUUCGUAAGCAUUAUCAAUGUCGCGUUGAAGGAUAUCAUCAUAGGCACUGGAUAUAUUGUGUCGUUAGCAUACAAGGAGCAAGUGGAAGAUAUGACACAAGGAAGAUCCGAUGUGUAUAUGGGAAACAGCAAAGGUCCCAAGAAGAAACCCUGGGGAACGCCGCUAGUGAACGCCCUACUGGUUGACAAUGAACUCUUUGUUAAUUUGUAUGGGAGAGAUGCACCUAUAACGCAGCACUUGUCCGAGGGGCAGCAGCCAUCUUCUGGACCAUUCGUAAACAUUAUCAAAGUCGCGCUGGAGGAUAUCAUCAUAGGCACUGGAGAUAUUGUGUCGUUAGAAUACAAGGAGCAGGUGGAAGAUAUGACACAAGGAAGAUUCGAUGUAACGCAGCACUUGUCCGAGGGGCAGCAGCCAUCUUCUGGACCAUUCGUAAUCAUUAUCAAUGUCGCGUUGAAGGAUAUCAUCAUAGGCACUGGAGAUAUUGUGUCGUUAGCAUACAAGGAGCAAGUGGAAGAUAUGACACGAGGAAGAUCCGAUAUGUAUAAGGGAAACAGGAAAGGUCCCAAGACGGAACGCUGGGGAAUACCGCUAGUCACCACCCUACUGUUUCUAAGUUGCAAUGUAGGUAUUCAACUUUCCUUGACGUUGCAAGUGGUUAUGGUUGAUACUUCAUCUGACGCGUCUGUGGAAGAAGCAGAAAAAAUGAGCGAAGACAAAGAAAUGCAACUAUUACUAGUUACUGAAGUACCAUUUUAUGCUCUACCGUUUAGGAGCUUUCAGGUACGACACUGUUAUGGCGAGGUCGUACGCCCCAUCGUCGUCAUCAAUAACGCGGUACUGUUAGAGCGUAUAUUAGGUCGCGAUCGAUUUAGGAGCAAAGGAUGGAGUGAUGAUGAUAGUUAUUAUCUUAAGUUAGGUGCAAGUCAUCCAUUUACCGCAUAUGCUGAAAAAUGCGACUUCUUUACCGUAGCCUGGGAAUAG